AUGGGCAGGGAGGGGUCGACUCGCACCGCCCUGGCCCCUGGCAGUCCGGAACGAGGUCGGCCGGGCGCGCUCCGGGCGCACGGCCAGCCCCACCCCCGGGCGCCGCGCUCCCGCCUCCGACGAGAAAAGCCAGGUGGGGAUGCCCGGCUCGGGACAAAGGAUCUGGACGUAGAUCCCCGGCGGGCGCCACCGCCCGGCUGGAAUCCUCCCGGCGCGUCCAGCCCCUGGCCCCGAGCCUCCCCAAACUUCGUAGCCCGGGGCGCGCGGGGAAGGCGCCCCGUUACCUGCGCGGCCAUAAAGGACAGAUCCAUGGUGUCGCCGGUGUCGCUGCCGCCGCCCGCACUGGAGUCCUCGCUGCCGCCGCCGCCUUUGCGGGUCCAGCCGCCUGCACCGCUGGCCGCGAGCGGGCCGAGCAGCGAGCAGGGACCCCGCACCCCGCCGCGCCGCCCACCUCAGCAGCCCCGGCGUCGCGGCCUCGGCAGCCUCCGCGCUCCGCGCUCGGGACCGAGACCCGGCCGAGGCGGGGGGCGGGGCGGGGCGGGGCUCGGGGGCCCGGGAGCCCCUCCACGUGACCGCUCCCAGCCCCACCCCAAGGGCGGGGCCAGACGGAACCCCCGCGCGCCCAAGAGCCUCUCCCGCGUGGGGGCCGCAGGCGGAAGCUGA